GUUUAUUUCAAUUUAAAUGGCGCCAGUAAGACUAAUAAGGAACCACCACCUCAAACGUUUUGUCACGCGAUUAUUACCUCAAUUCAGAAAAGAUAUUCGGCCUUUAGUAAACAAAUAUUAACUCCUGUUUCUUCCUCUUCUCUUUCUCUCACUUGUCACCGAAUUUACCAGCCAACACCUCUACACCCAAUUAAUAUGGUUGCUGACUUUCUACAACAACAAGACACUGCUACAUCACCAAUAACUAGAAAUGACUCUACCAGAUCUAGAGAUCCACAUCGGUCGAUUCCUUUAAAAACGAUUGGAAACUACUCAUUACAGCAAAGCAUUGGUAAAGGAAGUAUGGGUAAAGUAAAAUUGGGUGUCCAUAACGUUACAGGCGAGAAGAUUGCUGUUAAAAUUGUUCCCAGAGCUAAUUUACAGUUACUAAAUCAGCCAUCACAUACAACUGGAAAGUCAAUUCAACAAAUUGCCAAGGAAAAAGCCAGAGAAGAGAACCGAGAAGUGCGUACUAUCCGUGAAGCACACAUCAUGAUGUUAUUGAAACAUCCCAAUAUUGUUGGAAUGAAGGACUUGGUGAUGCAAGGUCCAUAUUUUUACAUUUUGAUGGAUUAUGUGAAUGGUGGUCAAUUACUUCAUUACAUUGUAAAACGACAGCGUCUAUCCGACAGAAGAACAAGACAGUUUUCUAGGCAGAUUGUCAGUGCAUUGGAUUAUUUACAUAGAAACUCAAUUGUCCAUAGAGAUUUAAAAAUUGAAAAUAUCAUGAUUGAUAAAUCCGGAAGAAAUAUUAAAAUCAUUGAUUUUGGUCUCUCAAAUUUAUUUUGUCCAGAACGUCAAUUAACAACCUAUUGUGGCUCCCUCUAUUUCGCUGCUCCAGAAUUAUUAAAAGCAACUCCGUAUAGCGGUCCUGAAGUUGACGUUUGGAGUCUCGGUGUCGUUAUUUAUGUUAUGGCCACCGGUUCUGUGCCUUUCGAUGAUAAAUCAAUGCCAGGUCUGCAUGAUAAAAUCAAAAAGGGGCACGUAAAUUACCCUGCUCACUUAAGUGAUGAAUGCAAAGAUUUAUUAUCUCACAUCUUUAUUACCGAUCCUAAGCAAAGAAUCAUCAUGACCGACAUUCUACACCACCCAUGGUUGAACAAGGAGUCUGCUUCAAUCAAUAACUAUAUGCCAUCAAGAAAGCCUUUAACUUUACCUCUCAAUCCAAAAGUUAUUGAAAGAAUGUCUCAAGGCUUUAAUUUGGGUACGACUGAUGAAAUAGAAAAAAGACUCACCUUGAUCAUCCAAUCUCCAGUUUACCACGAUGCAUGUCAGCAUAUUUCAGACUGUCAUGCUAGAAGGUCUCCAUCCCCUUCCCACUCUUACAACGAAGGUCAUUCGAGCAUUAUAUAUGAUGACCCUCAAUCUGUCCCCGCAGCAUAUCACCCAUUUUUAUCACUGUACUAUCUUUCUCAAGAGAGACAAAUUGCCAUGGAACAUGAAUCCCACCACUAUCGUGUUGCUGCAAAGUCAAGUUUAUCAAGAAAGGCAUCUUUGGAGUCAUUGGGUGGAAAUUCUUCUGCUAGAAGUAGCCAAGCGUCACUGGUUGGUGCCGAUGAAGACCCUUCCAAUAUACCAAGAUUGUUAACUGAAGUUCCUAUAAGCCAUACACCAGUUAUCCCUCAACCUCAUAAUGCUUCUGGUGCCAAAUUACAAAAUGACGGCAGUCUUCUUGGUUACGUCUCACAACCCGCCGCUAUCGGGUCAACGAAUUAUCUUAGCAGAAUUCAGCGCUGGCUUCGCUCCUCUUUAUCACAACAUCAUCUUGCGUCAGAUAAUAGUGGUCAUAUUACAGCGCCCCCUUCUCCUCCUCAACAUGUUGAAGAUUCUAAACAUGCCGAAGUUGAUUUAUUAUUUGUCACGCCUGCAGAAUCGUCUAAUAGGCUUCCUACACCGUCUCAUUCUACUGACGACAGAUGCCAUACUGUCUCAUCUUCUCCCAACGAUAGCUUCCAUAGUACAACAGCAGAGCUACCAAAUUCAGAGGAUAACAAACAAAACUUAUCUGCUACUUCAACAAACAACAUAGUUCCCGCUGGCGGAAGCAAAUCUCUGUUUCGUAAAUUAUCUCAAGCGUUUCUCCGUAAGAAUUCGUCGAAGAGCUUAAACAAAAAGUCAAGCAAUCUGAGCAAUACCAAUACAGUUAGUGACCAGAACGCUAGCGAAGAAGAAGUAACCUCGGUUGCCAUCAUGGAUCCACACGUGUCAAAUGUAAAUGAGACACCAAAAGAAGACAUGCCCCCACCCGUGCCACCUAAAGAUGCUGCUUAUUUGGUUAAUUCCAUUCCUCCUCCUCGUAUGUCUAGCAUGACAUCUAAUACAAAAGCGGUAAGACAAUCACAACUAUUACCCCCUGGUAUGUCAAUUGCUACUGUCACAUCUCGCCAAACUGCACAUACUAUUGAUAUCAGCACCAUCAAUAAUCAAAACAGACACAGUCAUAAUGCCCAACCUAACUCAAUCCCAACACCUAUCGCGGCCAAAAUGGCUAAAUACGAGGAUCCACCAUCCAUGCCCAAGGACAGUAGUUUCUUAUUGCAACCAAGUCCAAACGUUUCCAGAUCGGCAUCUUUUGCUACGCCCAACACCUCCCAAUUUCAACACCGCCGUAGAGGAUCUGUUACCAAAUUGACAGGCAAAAUCGGUUCCUGGUUAAACCGAUCUUCCUCGUUCAAUCAUAGUAGUAAGCCCAGAAAAGAAGCUUAAGCUUCUUUUUUUUUUUACUCUUUUGUACCCAACUAGAUUUGCUUUUUUUUUUUACAUAUAUUUUUAUAUCACUUUUUUCCCUUACUAUAUAUCCCAUUAUUUUAUUAUUUUAAAACGCCAUCUUUAUUAUUUGCAUGUAAUAUUAUUCCAUUAAUAAAGACAGAAUUUUCCAUCAUUCACAAGAA